GUUUUCCAUUCCAACGCUAUUUCGCACAGUGACAGAGGGCUGUUUGGAAGGUUUAGUUGGAUUUCAACAUCGCAUUCCCACUCUGAGGCAAUAAUCACCGGACUCUAUUGUAACUAAAUCCCUAAUCCAUCAGCCUCUGAAGCCAGAAGAACAAGCAAUAAAAAGUCGAGCAAAUCGAAGAGCUUAUCGCAGCAAGGAUAUUUAACGGUUUCUUAUUCUCUGUGUGUCAUAAAUACAAAUUUCAGCCUAAUUUGCAUCAUCGCAAGCAACACUGCAGCAGAACACCCGCUGUCUCUUGAACGACCUACCUAAGGAGCUAGUCAGUCCACAGACAGUCAACCAACCAGCCAGCCAGCCUAAUCAUGGAUGUAACGGAGUAUCGCCAAAGGGGCAAAGAAAUGGUCGACUAUAUAGCCGACUAUCUGGAAAACAUACGAGAUCGCCGUGUAUUGCCCGAUGUUAAGCCAGGUUACAUGAAAAAUCUGCUGCCAGAUUCGGCGCCCAUCGAAGGCGAAGACUGGCCAAAUAUAUUCGAUGAUGUGGAACGAGUGAUAAUGCCCGGCAUCACACACUGGCAGAGCCCACACAUGCAUGCCUAUUUCCCGGCCCUGAAUUCAUUUCCUUCCUUGCUGGGCGAUAUGUUGGCUGACGCCAUCAAUUGCCUGGGCUUCACAUGGGCCAGUUCGCCGGCCUGCACAGAAUUGGAGAUAAUCGUCAUGAAUUGGCUGGGGAAAAUGAUAGGACUGCCCGAUGAUUUCCUAAAUUUGCACAGUUCCAGCCGCGGCGGCGGUGUAGUGCAGACCACAGCCAGCGAGGCUACCUUGGUGUGCCUUCUGGCGGGCAGAACGAGGGCCAUUCAACGCUUUCACGAGAAAUGUCCCGGCUACCAGGAUGCGGAAAUAAAUGCACGUCUCGUCGCCUAUUGUUCGGAUCAGGCCCAUUCGAGUGUAGAAAAAGCCGCCCUAAUUGGUCUUGUUCGCAUGCGCUACAUUGAGGCAGACAAAAAUCUUUCCAUGAAUGGACAGCCAUUGCGUGAAGCGAUUGAAGAUGACAUACGUCAGGGUCUGGUACCUUUUUGGGUCUGCGCCACUCUGGGCACAACUGGUGCCUGUUCAUUUGAUAAUUUGGAGGAAAUUGGCGUUGUGUGCCGGGAAUUCAAUUUGUGGCUGCACGUGGAUGCCGCCUAUGCGGGCAGUGCUUUCAUAUGUCCAGAGUUUCGCACGUGGCUCAAGGGCAUAGAAAGAGCCGACUCCAUUGCUUUUAAUCCCUCCAAAUGGCUUAUGAUUCAUUUCGAUGCCACAGCCCUAUGGGUAAAAGACAGUGCCGCUGUACAUCGCACCUUCAAUGUGGAACCCCUGUAUUUGCAACACGAAAACUCGGGAGUAGCUGUUGAUUUUAUGCAUUGGCAAAUACCUCUAAGUCGGCGUUUCCGUUCGUUAAAAAUCUGGUUCGUCCUUCGCUCAUAUGGCAUUAAGGGACUGCAGCGUCACAUACGUGAAGGUGUGAGGCUGGCGCAGAAAUUUGAAGCCCUUGUGGCCGCAGAUCACCGCUUUGAAAUACCGGCCAAGCGGCAUUUAGGUCUGGUGGUUUUCCGCAUGAAGGGCGACAAUGAAAUCACAGAGCGUCUCCUGAAAUGUCUCAAUCAUCGGGGUAACAUUCACUGCAUUCCCUCAUCGCUGAAAGGAAAAUAUGUCAUCCGCUUCACAGUCACCUCAACACACACCACAGUCGAUGACAUCCUCAAAGACUGGAUGGAGAUCAAGAAUGCAGCCACCGAAAUCCUAGGCGAAGUCAACAUCAGUAUAUCGAAUAGGGUCUAUCUCAAAGACAUCAAAGAGAAAUCGGAUGGAUUUGGUAGCAGUCUUUUGCUCUCAAACACUCCUUUAUCACCAAAGAUUGUGAACGGUUCAUUUGCAGCCAUAUUUGAUGAUGAAUUUCUGGCCAAGACCUAUGCCGGAGUAAGAAUUGCGCAUCAAGAAUCUCCCUCGAUGCGACGACGGGUGCGAGGCAUCAUGAUGUCGGGUAAGCAAUUCUCGUUGGAUUCGCAUAUGGAUGUGGUAGUUCAGUCGUCCAUGGAUUCCAAAACAACGAACAGCAAAGUUGUGGACAGCUAUGGCAAGACCACGUCCACAGUGAAACAAGCUAAAGAACGUGACUCUAUACGCGAAGAUGAAGAGUCCCAGGAAGAUUGUGAAACGAAUUGGUGGGAACAGACCUCAAUGCCACCCCUGAAACCUAUUCGGGCCCAGCGAAAUCGGUCUCCAGUCGCCACCAUUCUUCGCCAAAGUGAUUCAACUGAAAGCCGCACACACAAACCACGUCAACGACCCUCAACCCUAAGUACCACACCAGUGAAUAGUGUCCGGUCACCGGCUACCCAUUAUCAGCUUCUAAGCAAACCUCGACAACUGUCAACCAUAGUCGAAAAAGAUAAAUCAUCUGUCGGCAGCGACUCAUUCUCAUCCACAUCGUCCGGUGGUGCUCCCUCGCAACCAUCCUCCAGCGCUGCCGAUCACAUUUAUCAAGGCAAAAGGUAUUUGUUUUCCGAAGCCAGUGUACAAAACCCUUGCACCUUUAGCAAUUCAGUGUUUUGUCCACCAACCCCAACCGAAGAGAAUAUUACAGUCCCACCAAACACCAACGAGAGUUUUCACAGUCCGGAGAAUGUCAUGCAAUGCAAUGCCACCAACCACCCAACCAAUGAGCGGCUAAUGGAAAUAGCUCGCUCGGAGAAAGCCUCCUCGUCGAUGGAAUCUUCAGAAUCGCAAAAUCAGCCAUCAAGUGAUUCGGAAGAGUCAUCCGGCGACACCUCAACCACAUCUGCCCUUGGCUAUUCCUCACUGGAAUCGGUUUGAUUGUACCUGAUAAAAAGCUCCGCUUCGCUCUGCUCCAAGGACAUGCUCUCUUCUCUUCUCCAUCUAGUCUGCUGUGCUAGCAAUAAUUAUCUUUGUAAGUGCAACACGAGCUCAUUUCCCAUGUCUCGUCGAAUCUCAUCGCCAAAUCUCCACACUAUUGUAGUUCUUAAAUGCUAUAGAUAUUCGUAGUUUUAAUUGAUAUCCUUGUAAUCCUUAGAAGUUUAAAUAUUCACUCUUAGUGUUGUUAACAGUUUUUUGUCAAAAAAAAAAACAUACGUGUAUGUGUAUUCUACGAUGUCGGCCAUGAUCCGUCAUUACUGAAAUGUAGUCAUAUACCAAGCUGUGAAUGUACCCAGUACAUUCGUUUAAAAGCCCUUUUAAGUUUUCAAAUGAACCCCCUUGAGUAUCACACAAAGUUUUAUUUGCCCCACUAUAAAAUGAAAAACAUUUAACAAUGAUUUUUGAAAUAAAAAAAAAAACAACAAUGAAUUAAAAAUUCCAACUUCCUAGACUUUCCCAUCUUGUAUGUCUAAUUUUAGGCGAUUUUUAUUUAGUCUAAAAUUUAUUCGUGUGAUUAUUGAACAUGAAUUACUAACUGCUUAAAGUCUAUGUGAAAUUAACCAUGUAAUGAACUUUAAAUGUCCAUAUACCCACCCUAAUAUACAUAUAUAUAUAUAUAGCAUAAGUUAAUAUUUAAUAAUUACACUCGUAGUUUAUUCCGUGCUGUUAUUUAUGAUCGUCUCAAAAACAAACAGAAGAUGAAAAGAAAAAUGCAUAUCCCCACUGAGAGAUAUUCAAAGAGUUAAAGAGAUAAGCCACAUUACGAUACUCACUCCUAUUCUACUCAUAAGUACUUUAAAUACUCUCUUAUUGAUGUCUACCACUAAAAGGAGAAAUACUCACUCAAUCUUAAACUCAGCGUUUACACAUGCAUACGGCAACAGAGCAACCAAUAAAUGAAUAGUCAUUAAAAAGAAUCAAAUAUACAUAUACAUACAUACAUACAUACAUACAUGUACAGCUAAUAGCACAUAUUUAAUUAAACUAAAACGAACAAAAACAACUAUAAGGUAUUUAUGCAUGUAGGUAUGCGUUCUCCAACAAUUUUAAUAAAAUCCAUAGACAUAUUUAUUCAAAAUCUAAAUUAUUAGAAAAACAAUAGUGUUUAACAAAUAAAUGCAUUCAAGAAAACAAA